CUCUAUCACCACCGUCCACAUGCUUGAUCAGGCUGGCGCGGCGACAACCUCUGUUCUGUCUGCCUUGUGAAAAUCUUCGAGUCGUUGUACAACCGACUCUGUGGGCCGGGGAUCUUGCACAUCACACAGGAAUGUUCCCACCGUCGGCGCUGGACCCUGGUAGUACGAUUGAUGUGUGUGACCUUCCCCAUGGGGCAUCGUUCUCUGUCAUCAUCCCCGAGCCAUCUAUAAGACGCAUGUCUCCGGGGAUCGUCGGCAGUCUUGCUCGGACACCGACCUCCCUACGAAAUGGCGGCCAAAAUCACUCCAGCGUCCAGGACCGUCCUGGACAUGACUGCUGCGCGGUCGCAGGCUAGCAUCGACGUACCACGAGUACGAAACUAUGUCUACGGCGGGCAGGACAUGUGGGACCGGAACACUAAGUUCGUGAAAGCCAUGGAAAACGAUCCCGUGUUCGACAAGUCCGAGAGAGUGUACAUGUCUCGCACGGAACGCUACAAGCGCGCCAUCAAGCUGACCCACAGGUUCUACGAGUUGCAAGACAUUCACGGAUGGUCGAACGAGGAGGCCGCUCGAGCGUUCGUCCUCAUAGACGAGGACCUGCCCAUGCAUUUGAGCUCUGCCACAUUCGAACCUGUGUUCAUGGACCAGUGCGGUCCUUACCUUCGCGCGAAGUAUGGCGAGCUCGUCGCCAAUCGUGGCAUUCAAGGCUGUUACAUGCAGACGGAGCUUGGCCACGGGACGGAUGUCGGGUCGCUCGAGACAACUGCUACAUACAUCCCCGAGACGAAGGAGUUCGAGAUCCACUCUCCUACGCUGACCAGCAGCAAAUGGUGGAUCGGCGCAUUGGGCAAGACGGCGACCCACGGCAUCGUGCAAGCGAAACUUAUCCUGCCUGGAGGGAAGGACAUGGGCCCUCAUAUGUUCUUCGUCCAACUCCGGUCGCUAAAGGAUCACACUUUGUUGCCCGGAAGGACCGUGGGCGAUAUAGGCCCGAAGGUGUUCGGUGGUUACAUCACGGUUGAUAACGGGUAUGCACGCUUCGAUCACGUCCGCAUCCCCAGGGAGUAUAUGCUCUCUGAGUACUCUCAAGUGACCGAAGAUGGUCAGUACGUCAAGCCACUACACGCGAAGCUGAGCUACGGUGGGAUGCUCUGGGUGCGCGCUGCUUUGGUAGGCAAGGGAGGCAUGUUCAUCGCAAAAGCUGCCACAAUUGCGAUACGGUAUUGCACUGUGCGCCGGCAGAGCAACAAAGGACCCGAUGGCCUCGAGCGUUCCGUCAUUUCGUACCCGUCGGUACACUAUAGGCUGCUCCCUGUGCUCGCGCACGCGUACGCCUUCCUCCUCCUCGGACGAGACCUCAACGAACGCGUGCGCAUAAUGGGCACGCAGCUCGCAGUCGGAGACGCAUCGAUGGUGCCUGAGAUGCACCUCACGUCCAGCGCGCUCAAAAUUCUUGUGACUUCCCUAGGUGUCCAGGACAUCGAGACUGUGAGGCGCGCCAUGGGCGGGCAUGGCUUUAGCGCGUACUCUGGACUCGGACGGUUGUACGCAGACUGGCUUCCGACGGCAACGUACGAGGGCGACAACUACGUGCUGGACAUGCAGGUCGUCCGCGGUGCGUUGAAGUCUCUGCGCAAUCUGCAGUCGUCCAAGUCCAAGAGCAGUGUCGUGUCUUCCCUGCCGCAGUCCUCGGCUUUUGUGCGCUUCAUCCUGCCAGAGUACGCCUCUGUUGCUGCUGCGCAGGCACUGAACUGGUCCGACCCUAAAAUAUCGAUUGUCCUCUUGGAGCGGCGCGCGGCGGCGAUGGUUCAGAACCGCGCAACGCACGAGAGAGAUCCGGAUGCGAGCAUGGACAACCGCGUGUCCCGCUCAGCGGCGGAGGCGUACUUUGGUGUGCGCAUCGGCGAAUUCAUUGAAGGUCUCGGGAAGACGCUCAAGCCACAUGAGGCGGAAAUUGUCGGGAAGAUGUUUACUUUGGGCUUGCUCACGCUCGUCGAGGGUGGCCUCGUUGAUAUCUUGGCGUUCGGGUUGUUACCAGCAUCUAAGGGCGAGGACCCGGCGCGGGGACUGCGGAUGGCGAUCAAGGAGCAUUGUGCUGCACUCCUGCCAGAGGUCAUCGGUCUGACGGACGCCUUCGGCUUCACCGACUGGCAGCUCGACAGUGCACUCGGUGUGUACGACGGGAAUGUAUAUGAAGGGAUGUGGAAGAAGGCUCAGACAGAACCGUUGAACGCCACUGAGGUCGUUGACGGCUACAAGGAGUACAUCAAGCCGAUGUUGGAGCGUGGUCAGCGGAUCGUGGCUUCUGCGUCGAAGGCAAAGCUGUAGACUGAAAUUAUAGAUUCCGGAGCAUGCUGAAUAUGUAGUUAGACUACACGAUCGUUCUCACCACUCAUGCGCGCCAAGUCUUGUUGGUCUGUUGUUAUACCAUGUUUUUCAGAAUCGUCCAA